AUGGCUUCUGACUCAAGUCAGGUUAUCUCGGUGAAGUUAGAUGGCACCAAUUUGGUAAUAGGUAAAGAAGUUUGGAAGUAUGUUGAUUCAACGGUAGGGAAACCAACUGAAGGGACUGAAAUUAUGCCAACUGCUGCUACUGUCAAUACAUGGAUUGGCGUAGUUUCUCUUGUACCAGUUUUUAGAGCAUUUUUGGCCGAUUCGUUCCUUGGCCUCUACAGAUCAGUCAUCUUUGCUUCCAUUCUCUACAUCUCAGUUGGUGCCUUAAUUUUCUAUUUCCCUUUACAUCUUUUCAGCAAUUUACAGAAUGUAACAUUUCAGGGACUUAGGUUUUUGACCCUUUCAGCAACCAUUACUCCAAUAGUGAGCAGAGGUUCGACCUCUCCUGGUAGAACCAAGAAUGAAGCAGAGCCUGAUAUGCAUAUCCAAAUUUUGUUUUUUGGCUCAUUAUAUUUGGUUGCACUAGCACAAGGAUAUAGCACAUUUCUUCAAGCCUUUGGAGGCGAUCAAUUUGAUGGAAAACGUCCAGAAGAAAGCAAAGCCAAGAGCUCAUUUUUUAACUGGUGGCUUGGCGUCAUGGGCAUUGGUCCUAUAGCAGCACACCUGAUCUUAAACUACAUCCAAGACAACAUAAGUUGGGAAAUCGGCUCUGGGAUUCCAUGUCUGGCCAUGAUUGUUGGGCUCAUCCUAUUAUUACUGGGACGUAGAACUUAUCAAUUUUCAAGCACAAUAGGUGAUGAAGGAGAGAGCCCUUGUAGCAGGAUUACUAAGCGAUUUGCGAAAGGCAUCAGUGCUUUGCACAUUGUAGAUCCAGCAUCAAGCAGUGGAGAAAGCUCUCAGAAUUACAUGUUUCUCAAUGGUGAAUUGCCUUCUGCAGAUGAUGAUUCAACUGACAACAAUGCAACCUCUAGCAUAACCAAAGAAAUAAAGCAAGUCCUAAGGCUGCACCCUAUAUGGAUUACUUCUUUAUCCUAUGCAAUUGCAUAUGCUCAAGCUUGA